GGGCGCCGGGGCCCCCAGGAGGGACGGCGGGCGCCGGGCCCCCAGGAGGGACGGCGGGCGCCGGGCCCCCAGGAGGAGCGGCGGGCACCGGGUCAUCAGGCACGACAACGGGCAUCGGGUCACCAGGCAUCAGCAGGCAUCGGGUCACCAGGCAUCAGGUCAUUUGGCUCGACAGCGGGCACCGCGUCAUCUGGCAAGGCAGUGGGCACCGAGUCACCAGGCACGACAGUGGGCUCUGAGUCAAUUGGCACGACAGCGGGCACCGGGUCAUCAGGUACCGGAUCGUCUGGAUCGACAGCGGGCACCGGGUCAUCUGGCAUUGGAUCGUCUGGCUCGACAGCGGGCAUCGGGUCACCAGGCAUGACAGCGGGCACUGGGUCACCAGGCAUCAGCGGGAAUGGAGGCAUCAGGCUGAAUGGAGGCAUCAGGCUGGAAUCAGGAGGAGGCAUCAGGCUGAAUUGUGGGCGCCGAGGCACCAGGCUGCACCACGGAAGGCAGGUUCUCAGAUGAAAGGCU